CUUCUUUUACCUAAGUAAAGGUGUUCAUUUAAUUAAUGGAUAAGAAUAUACCAGUUAUAAGUGAUCAACCAGGAUCAAUAAUUUACCGUGAUUGGAAUGAUGGAUUAUGUGGUUGUGGAAAUGAUAUUCAUACAUGUUGUUGUGUAUUUUUCUGUUAUUCAUGUUCAGUAUGUUUAAUGUAUCGUGAUUAUGGAGAAUGUUGUUGUGCACCAUUAAUCGUACCAGCAUCUGAAUUUGUACUGGGAACACAACAUCGUGCACGUCAAAGAAUUAAAGGUGGAAUAGCUUCAGACUGCUGUCAAUGGAUAUGGUGUUCUUCAUGUUAUGUAUGCAGACUAAGAAGAGAUAUGAACUAUACACUAAGUCAGCUGGGCACUUUAAUUUAGGCAUCCAUAUAUUACAUGCAAAUACGAUAAAUAUCUAUGUACUUAUAAACAGACAUCUGAUUUCAAUUUGUAAUUUAACUUAAAUGUUUCCCUAUAAAUAUACAGUUUCUUUUAAAUUAUUUCUUUUAUUGAUUUGGAUGUCAUGUAACUGGUAGUUAGUGUAAACUGAGAUCUGAAUUAUAAUUUUCCUUUCAUCCUAUAGAUUCUUAUUUACU